UUCUUCAACUACUUACAUAUGUAGAAGUAGAACAGAUCAUAGAUAGGUACGUGAUGUACCUACAUAAGUUACAUACUUUCGCAUAUAAACCAAAAAAAAACCUAGAAGUUAUAAUUCCGUUUGCGGUCGCGGGUUUGUAUUCCUGUGAUCAAGCGUGCAAAUUUGUUGUUCCAAAAUUUGUUUAUAGAACAUGAAUGUCAAGCUUUUUUCUCAUCUAUUGAUGGCACAUCUCUUAUCAGACUGGUGGCGUGUCUUCGGCCGAUGUGCCAAUCUGAAGUUAGAGGAAGAGGACCUGGAGGUACUCAAACUGCUAGUAACGAAAUCAGAUCUGCACCAAGUAAUGCGGGAACAUCUCAUUUCUGUAAGAAGCGGUUUAAAUUCUAAGAUUUCAUUGCUUGAGGAGAAAGCUAGCAAAGAACAACGUAAAAGGGAAGAUAUAGAACAAGAACUUCGUUCAAAUCUCAAAGCUGUUUAUAGGAUUAAAUUACGCGACUGGAUUGUAGAAGCGGAAAGAGAUUUCCCGCUCUGGUUGAGUGAUCUUGAUAUUAAUCGGUUUAUCAAGUGGGUAUUAGCUCUAAACUUCGCUCAAGAACCCAUUUUCGAUGAUUUGCGACGUUUCUUGAAAGAAAAUGCGAUCACAAUCGAGAAAUUCGCAAACGAAAUGUACUUUAUACACGAAGAAAUGUCUGAAAAAUUCGCACAUGAAUUGCCUGGUAUCGCAGAUCCGACGCCAGACAUCAUACCACAAGUAUGCAAAAUAGUAGCUGGACUGAUUAACGAACGCAGACAACUCAUAUGCAGUGUCCUAUUACAGGCCAUAUUUGUUGGAACUGAGGAUGCUCCAUCAACGAGUGUUCAAACACCUUUAACACCUCCUGAUCCUUACCCAACCAAAUUUUACAUAAUUAUCAGGAAUAUUAAGAAAGGAGUGGAACAAGGUGAAUUAUUGACUUUGGAUAAAUUUACAAAGAAAAUACAACAAAAUUCGGAAUUCAACACCAAAAAGUGCGCCAUACUAGAAAAUUUCAUUAUAAAUCAGAGUAAACUCGAUAAUACACCAUUUUCAAAAAUGAAUGAACUGAAUUUACCGACCAUAGUCAUUCGGAUAGGAUUUCCUAAAACUUACCGAGGCCUAUCCGCCGACGACUUCGCCAAAACUUUGUCAGAACUUGAUUUUUUGAAGAAAAGUAUCAACGAUGACAUAAAAACAUUAGAUUCCGACGCAUUGAUUUUAAAUCCAACCGAGUUUAUUUCUCACAAAUGGUUCAGGUCUGGUUGAUCCUAAAGUACAAUAAAAGGACCCAUACGAUCCUAAGCAGCAGGUACCCACCUAAGUGAAAGCCAAUAGCAAGACCAUCACUAGCCGCUCAAUCAGCCAUCCCUCGUUCCCGCAAUUCCCACUUGUGCCUAAUUUUUAAUUCUGUUUUUAGAAACCUCUUUGUUUAAAUGUACAUAUCUUCGUUGCUUCAAUUUCUACAUAGUUUCGCCAUCUUGUCACGUGCCAUGCUCUCACUUUAUAUCAGUGAUCAUUAGGUAGAAUAUAGGUACCUAGUGAGGCAAGAUGGCACAAUGCACAGUGGGCUGUGAGCACCCUCAAAACGGGCGUAAUUCAAAAACUUACAAUAAACCUAAAAAUAAUUGU